GUAAGCAUUCCGGUUACUUGAAAGUAAAGAUGGCAUCAGGAUACGUACAGUGCCAACAACCCUUUCCAAUGGUAGAUGGAUGCGGCCCAAACUAUCGCAUCCAAUAUGAUUUCAUGAUCAUUUCUGGGUCUCCCCGAACCAUCUUCUUAUUUUUAUACCAUCCAUGAUAUGGUUUGUAUAUAAUUUAUAUCUUCCGGUGCACACGCAACUGGAUCACCCUCCUCCCUUUAUAACUGCAUAUCACCUUACUCCUCAUCUAAUCGGUCAUCGCAUUCAUCCUUCCCUCUCCCAAUCUUCAAAUUUCUCUUUUUGAUUCAAGGAGUUAACCCUCCGUAUUACUCUUCUCUUCUCUACAGCGUCACUGAAACAAGUGAUCUCAUGAACCCUUAUCUACCAACGUUCGAUUCUUCACUCGAUACAGGCACUGCAGGGCUGACUCCACCAUCAAACUCUGGAUCUUCUUCCCCUUCUCUGCUGAAUGACCACACCAAUGCCCAUCAAACGCAGGCGCCUGAUCGCCGCAUAGCAAAUUUUAUCGCUCGCACAUCAGCAGGAUCACCUACAAUGCAUAGCCAUCGUUCACCACAACGAACAACAACUUCAUUCCAACCCUGCCAGCCUCACACAACUGAUCGCAACCAAUCUGCCUUUGUCCCUCGCUUUAAUCCAUCGCUCACUGGGUUAGGUUCAUGCAAGAAUCUGACAAGGCCCUUGAACAUGCAGGAACAAGAAAAUCUUCUUUAUCUGGACAAUCUCAAGUAUUUCCUCGCUACUGCGCCGUCCCGAUGGUCGUCGACCGCCUCUGGUCAAACACAGAAUGAUUCGUUUCCUAUGGACUCCUCUGUCCACCCAGCUUCUUCACAUCCCUUCAUGAACCGCUUCCUUCUUCCUUCUUCGGAAUACAUUACUUGUGUUAAGUGGAAUAAUCGCUACCACAUAACAGGCACGGACAUUGUUCGCGCGCUUGUUUUUCGCUUCGAGGCUUUCGGGAGACCCGUCAGAAACAUGAAAAAAUUCGAGGAAGGCAUUUUCAGCGAUCUGCGAAAUCUCAAGCCUGGUGUCGAUGCUUGCUUGGAGGAACCAAAAUCACAAUUUCUGGAUCUUCUUUUCAAAUAUCAGUGCAUACGCACUCAGAAAAAGCAAAAGGUUUUCUACUGGUACUCGGUCCCUCAUGAUCGCCUUUUCCUAGAUGCCCUCGAACGCGAUCUCAAACGCGAGAAGAUGGAUUUGGAACCAACUACUUUCAUCACCGGUGAACCUGCCCUCUCGUUUACAUACGAGCCGCAGCGUAGCCUGUAUGAACAAUUCAGCAAGGGACAGAGCACCAUGGAAGGCGAUGGCGACGUCAUUAGUAAUUUUGACGUCACCCAAAUGAAUGGGAAAUAUGACACAAGCGGAUCAGCACCGACAGUUUCACGUGCGGGGGCGAUGCACAACUCUAACUCGGGGGAGUUGCAUCUUAGCAACUGUCGCAUUGAUGGCGGAGGCGUCCCACAUCUUCCCUCAGCACUGCAUGGCCCCAAUAUGGCAUACCUGCCCCUUUCUAUUUUCGAAGGUUCUCCCACCUAUAAGCAACGUCGUAAAAAGCCAGCCAGCAGGCUCGAUGCGAUCACGCGCAGUGAUUCAGAGGAGACGCCCAUUCAUGCACACGAGGUUGGCGUCGGAUAUGGACCUAAUGAUUCCAGUAUGACAGCUGCCGAUAUGUUUAAGUCUCAGGCGAGAGGUGAACAAGAUUCUAACGUGAGACGAGCAAAGGCUGUGCUACAAGCCCAGGAUAGCGCGAUUUGGUCAGCUACACCGCAACUCGCUCCAGCACAGACUUCUGCCACCCUUCCAGUCUUCGGACAACGGUCACCAAACAAGCAGCCUUCAUCGCAAUCCCAUCUCCACCCCUUUCCGGAGCAUUCCUCACUAUCUUCGUUCCUUUCGGAUAUUGACGGCCAUCACGCCACCAGUGAGAUGACGCUCACUUCAAAAGUGUUUGUUUGUCCGCUCUAUUCCUGUGGCCGCUUGUUCAAGCGCAUGGAGCACCUAAAAAGGCACGUGCGGACGCACACCAUGGAACGCCCAUUUCCGUGUGACUUUUGCAAGAAGCGGUUCUCUCGGUCGGACAACCUCAACCAGCAUCUUCGCAUACACACACGAGCAGAAAGGGCUGACUCAGCUUCUGCCGAUCUAAAUGCGUGCGAUACUGAUAUGGACAACGAGGAAGGAGACGAAGGAGACGUUGCCUUUGCUGCCGCUUUCUCUUUUGCAGAGGGUGGCUUACAAGACAUGGAGAGAUGUGUUUUGGAACUACAAGGCGAGGUUCAAGAUGUACAAGGCGACGAAGAGGGUCUUGUUGCGUUGUCUGGCGUCUCCCCUGUUAUGGAUACCGACGCCAUCUCGGACGGCGGGCUCGGUAACAGCUAUUUCCUGCAAAGUGGCACCGGGAACCACACCGGGUACGUUGAGUCUGCGGAGAUGACCUGGGCCAGUCCCUUUAUGAACUCUCCAUCGUUAACUUCGGCGUGCAACGGGCAACUGGUCAUGGCGUCUUUUUCAGCUCCGUCUCAUAGGCAGGAUUUUUCCCUGGACAAGAUGUCUCGCCAUGUAGCACCCUCAGAGGUCGGAUCUCACAGACGUCACAGAAGCGCGACUCCGUCUCUCAUACGCUCGCAUUCUGCGUCCAAGAGCAGUAGCCGACACUACCAUCCCUAUGCAUCAUCCUCUCCUUCAUGCCCCAGUUCAAGUCACUCUAGUCCAUGCGCUCUCUCUCACUCUCUUGAUAAUUCCGCAGUUUCAACAAACACGAUGUCUCGUGAGGCCUUCAGGGCAUCACAGCCACGUUCAUUCUCAGCGCCUUCCUUCAGCGCCAACCAAGGCUUAGAUGGAGCGCUCGACAUCAGCGGACUCAAUUUUGACGGUAUCUUCUCGAACCCCAUGACGUUAUUCUCUGAACCUGGUGCAUUCGACCUUUCACAGGCAUACCCCGCCUACGAAUCAAAUUUGUUGUCAAUCUAGACCGUCCGAUACAGUAUACCUCUCUUGCGUCAUCAUAAUUUGUUUUUGUUUCUCUAUAAAUGUAUCCAUAAUCUAUUUAUCGUCCACGACCUAGUACAUACUAUACCACCCACCAGUGAUUGUUUUUGGGCCUUUCAGACUUCUCGUGCAGGUCACUUUUGUGUCCUUUCCCCAUUUACGACACGGUGCCUCCUGUGUGCCAUUUUCUUGUAUUACAUAUCACAUAUAUUGUUUUGAUCACGAAUUACUUGUACUUCGCUCGAGCUCGGUGAUACAUCGAUCCUGCUGAUUCCUGCAGAUCUAUGCAUGGAGCUUACGCGUAGUCUUUCUUGUAUUAUCGAGAUUCCGUUACCUAUGUCAGCGCAAUUGACCAUGCCUACACCUCAGAACUCAAUAUUGA